AUGAUUUUGCAUUCCCGGUCCGCCCCUGACUGUAUGUAAACAAUACUGUUCUCCUCCCUGUCAGCCCAUGCAUAUUGCUUUGGAUGGCUGUGCACAGUGUGAUUACAGUGACGCACACUCACAGAGCUUACUGUGAAACAGCACACAGCACACAGUUAACCCUUUGAUCGCCCCACAUGCUAACACCUUCCUGCCCAGCGCCAUUAGUACAGUGUCAGUGCUUUUUUUUAGCACUGAUCACUGCAUUGGUGUCACUGGGGAUGUCAGUGACACCAAGUCAGUCCCCCCCCCCCCCCAGUGUCAGAAUGUCCACCACAGUCCCGCUAUAA